CCUCCGACGGCCGCGGAAAGAGGGAGGAGAGAGCGCGUUUCAUCAUCGGCGCCGCGGGCCGCCACUUAUAAAACUUGUGGACGCGCGCCCUCUCGCUCAGUCUCCGCCGCGCCUCCUCCGGCCGCCGCCGCCCGCCCCCCGUCCGCGCCGGCCCCCCGCGCUCCCGGCCCGCACCGCACCAUGGGGCUCCUGCUCGAGCUUGGCGCGCGCCCUGGCGGCCCCGGGACUUCGGGCCCCGCGCGCAGCUGUCGCCGCACGGUCUUCGGCAACAUCAAGGUCUUUGUGCUGUGCCACGGGCUGCUGCAGCUCUGCCAGCUGCUCUACAGCGCCUACUUCAAGAGCAGCCUCACCACCAUCGAGAAGCGCUUCGGCCUCUCCAGCUCCGCCUCGGGCCUCAUUUCCAGCCUGAACGAGAUCAGCAAUGCCACCCUCAUCAUCUUCGUCAGCUACUUCGGCAGCCGGGUGCACCGCCCAAGGCUGAUUGGCAUUGGGGGUCUCCUGCUAGCCCUGGGUGCCUUCAUCCUCACCCUCCCGCACUUCCUCUCGGAGCCCUACCAGUACAGCUUGGUCAGCGCCGGCAACAGCAGCCACUACCAGGACGAGCUCUGUCAGAAGCACUUGGGGGACCAGGCCCCCAGUGAGUGCCACAGCUCCUCCCAGGAGGCCCAGAAGGAGAUCACCAGCCUGUGGGGUCUGAUGGUGCUGGCUCAGCUGCUGGCGGGCAUCGGGACAGUGCCCAUUCAGCCCUUUGGCAUCUCCUACGUGGAUGACUUCGCCGAGCCCAACAACUCGCCCCUGUACAUCUCCAUUUUAUUCGCCAUCUCUGUGUUCGGACCGGCCUUCGGGUACCUGCUGGGCUCUGUCAUGCUGCGGAUCUUCGUGGACUACGGCAGGGUGGACACAGCCACAGUGAACUUGAGCCCCGGAGACCCCCGAUGGAUUGGAGCCUGGUGGCUGGGCCUGCUCAUUGCUUCGGCCUUAUUGGUGAUUAGCUCGUUCCCUUUUUUCUUCUUUCCUCGAGCCUUGCACAGAGAAGUGGAGUCUCCAGCCAUAGCGGACGAGACGAGGAAGAUGGAGGAUGCCGUACCCAGUGGCUCCCUGGUGGACUUCAUUAAACGUUUCCCCCGCAUCUUCGCGAGGCUCCUGCUGAACCCGCUCUUCGUGCUGGUCGUCCUGGCCCAGUGCACCUUCUCCUCCGUCAUCGCUGGCCUCUCCACCUUCCUCAACAAGUUCCUGGAGAAGCAGUAUGGCACCUCCGCGGCCUACGCCAACUUUCUCAUCGGUGCCGUGAACCUGCCCGCGGCGGCCCUGGGCAUGCUGCUGGGAGGAAUCCUCAUGAAGCGCUUUGCCUUCUCUCUGCAAACCAUCCCCCGCGUGGCUAUCACCAUAAUCACCAUCUCCAUGAUCUUCUGUGUCCCUCUCUUCUUCAUGGGCUGCUCCACCCCCAACGUGGCAGAGGUCAACUACAGCCCACCGAGUUCUCCCCACCCGCAGCCUUUAGCCUGCCGCAAGGACUGUGGGUGCACAGAUGCCAUGUUCCACCCCGUGUGUGGGGACGAUGGUGUGGAGUAUCUCUCGCCGUGCCACGCUGGCUGCAGCGACAUCAACAGCAGCUCCGUGACCUCCAAGCAGCCGAUCUAUUUGAACUGCAACUGCGUGAAGGGGGUCUCGUCAGCAGCGAAGGCAGGGCCCUGCCCCAUCCCUUGCGCUCACCUCCUGCUCUCCGCCAUCUUCCUCAUCUCCUUCGUGUCCCUCAUCGCCUGCAUCUCGCACAACCCGCUCUACAUGAUGGUGCUCCGCGUGGUGAACCAGGAGGAAAAGUCCUUCGCCAUCGGGGUCCAGUUCCUGCUGAUGCGCCUGCUGGCCUGGCUGCCCUCUCCAGCCCUCUACGGCCUCACCAUCGACUAUUCCUGCAUCCGGUGGAGCUCACAGUGCUCAGUGAGACGAGGGGCCUGUGCCUACUAUGACAACGACAACCUCCGGAACAGGUACCUGGGUCUGCAGAUGGGCCACAAGGCGCUGGGCGCGCUGCUGCUGGUGCUCCUUGCCUGGCGGGUGAAGAAGAGCAAGGAGUACAACGUGCAGGAGAAGACCGCCAGCCUCAUCUGACCCGGACCCUCGGCCGCCUGCCCCGUCGGUGGACUCUGCCCACUCCACCUGCCUGCAGAUACUAACGACACGUCAUUUCUGUUUUUAAGUACCAGAGAAGACUCCGUCACUGUUUGCCCUCCCUGCGUCCUCCCCCACAUGUGCCCCGAGGUCCCUGGGGGGCCCUGAGCUGGACGGGCAGAGAGCUGGGAUCCUCGGGAGGGGCCUCCCGCACGCCAGUCUCUCCCCCAAAGCACAGUCUCAGGUGAGGAGGCCCCUGGAGGCUGCUCUAGUCCACCCCUUACCUCAGUGAUGAGCAGAAAAGUCACUGGCCCAUAGGAGGGAGUGGACUUCGCUGUCAGUGGCCAGAGCCAGGCUAGGGAAGGGGCCCCUCCGAAGCCGGUGAGGCCACCCCAACCCCCAGAUGCUCUCUCACCUCCUCACAUCCUGGCCCCUGAGGCCACUUUGGAAGGUGCCCCUGUCGGGGACCAUGGUCAGCCGGCCCCCAAGCUUCCCACGUGCACUCAGCAGAGUGAGGCCUGGUCCCUGGACAGGUCACUCUGGGUCCUUCUGGCCAGGACCUGUCAUGCUCACUGCUGUCUGCUGGGGCUCCAUGUCCAGCCAAGUGAGCUGGACACAAGAGGUGGAUGGUUCCCCCCGUCUGUAGUCUGGGAGCAACCCCAGCUCAGUGUUUGGGGCCCCUCCCCGGGCUUUCCUGGGGCAGGCGGCCAGGCCCCUGUGGACAUCAGCCUGCGUGGUCUAGAAGAGAAGAGACGGUGGGAGAAGCCAGGAGAGCCAGUGCCCAGCGCAAAGGCCGAAAGCCCCGAGCCGGCUGGGCAGCACCUGGGGAGAGGAGGCUUCCCCACCUCUCCAGAGACAGGACGCGUGGGGGGCCAGAAACAGGGCACCCACCACAAUGGGGCCAGAACUGGAUAUGGACUAAGGUUGGCGGGCCCCUACACACGCAGCAUGGCACCGGGGUCUCCGCCUGCGCCCCUCCUCCUUCACACCAGGCCCCUCUCCAGGAUAGACAGAAUGAGAACCAGAAACUCAGCAGGACCCUGAUAAUCCAUGGCCCACCACACAGGCCAGCCUCUGGCGCUUGGCUGGACAGGCCGGGCACUGCUCACUGACCCUUAGGCCCCAGUCCCACUCUUUAGGAAAGACACUGUGUGUACAUGACCGGCUGCCCGAGUCUGACAGCUCGGCGAGUGUCGCCGGUGCCCAGGGCCUGUUCCCAAGUUCUCACUCAGGCAGGGGCGCCAGGCACCCCCGGGGCCAGUUCCAGCUACUCCAAAUGGUUCUGCUUGGAAAACGCUUCCUGUGACUAACCGGGUCCUCCUUGCUGCAGUGUCACCAGAUUCCGAGACCUGCCUGCUGGCUGCACACCUGGGCAAGUCCAGCCUGCAGAGACCGGGCGGUGGGCGGCCCUCCCAAAUCGGUUUUGAUAUUGCUAUUAAUAUAUUCUAGUUUUGCUAUUGA